UAACCGGAAUCUACUGUAAUUGGUGUUUUGUAGAAGUUAAAUUUGAUGUCGUUUUGGACAAGAUAAAUUUUAACGCUCUAAGUCAUAUCAGUAUAAAAAGUGGCAAAUGCUUCUCAUAGACAAUUUGAAGCUUUAUAAAAGGGAGACGUUUAAUUCUCUUACUUUGAUAUCUGACAAAGUUAUGAAUUAUUUCUUCACGGGUUGGGGGCAGAAAUAUACUAAUUAAUUCCAGUACUGUUGAGUACAUGAAAGUGGCAGUAAGUUUUACUGGUAAUUCGUAGACCUAGCAUAAUUGCACAAGAACAAGAAGAAAAAGUGUUUAAAUUAAAGAUCAUGCCAAAGCAGAAGGCUGUAUUUGCUUGGUUCAUUGGAGUUCUUCUCUUCAGAAGUAUCAUUAUGAUGGAAAACGGCAUAAACUAUCAUGAAUCAGCACUGCAGAAUGUGACCCUCUAUGGCACCAAAGGCUCUACCUCUGGAAUUCCCCUCUUUAUGUUGGAAAUGGAUAAACCCACAUUCCAAGCCAUUUGUGUCAUGGAGUCAACAGUCCUACAGUUUGUGUCACUGUCACUAGCAACCUGCAGAGCACUAGGAUACGAUGCAUUGCAAAGAAUCUACCCCAGUGAUGCACAUCUCUUGGACAGUCUGUACCACAGCACAGGGCUGCUGCUGGAUAUAAACUGCAGCAUUCUGAAACCAGAGUUGCAGCACUGCAAGUGGCGCCAUGCCAAGAAGAUUUCCUGUCUGCUGUACCUCGCAGUUCACUGUGCAGAAUGCAAUCAUGUGGUAGAAAUAAUAGAUGGCACAAAGCAUGAAAUUGAAUUUCCCGCACUUAUGCCAUGCAAUCAACACACAGGGUGUGACUGGAAAAUUCUCAACAAUCAAACAAUGAAGAAAACUGUAUUAGACUUUAGGAAACAAAAUACAACUCCAUCACUUCAUAUUGCUGACCAGAUGUUGGAAAUUGAGUGGUUUGAUACUGCAAAUGGUACAUGGUUUAAUUUAAAAGGAACUUUUACUAGGAUUUCUAAUAUGGGUCCAAUAAAGAUACAAUCAAAUACUAUUAUAAUUCACUACUAUUUUGUGGAUUGUCAGUUUUUUGAUCUGACAAGUAUUAUGCAAGGAAACACUGCAUCUCUCAAAUAUUAUAAUGAAGAAUAUGUUUUCUACAAACAAGAAGCAAUCAGUUACUUCGUGCCUGUAGCAUUAUGCACAUUUCUUCUGACUUUCAUCAUGACACUUGCUGCAUGCACAUGCUGGAUCAGAAAAAGGAAACACAAGAUGCACAAUAAACAUGCUUUUAGUGUGACAUAUACUCCAGGCCUAAACGUGACAUAUGAAGAAGACAAAACGAAGCCCGCAGAUAUGUGGUCAGCUAUUUAUCAUCAACUCAGCCUGGAUGACAGAAGUGCCUGUUUACCAUACACUAUCUCAUAUGACUGUACCAAGCACAGAACUGGCGAAAAUGAGAUGAACUACGUUGAAUUCCCUAAUAUUGCACAUCCUGCACCAUACACACUGCGCCCAUUUGCAGGGGUGUACAAUCCCUUUCCAUAUGGGUGUUCCAUUCUAUGCAACCAUCCUGCAGAUUAUGAAGCAAAGGAAAUCGUGAAGAGAGUCAAGGAUUCUUGGGCUACUGAGGGAAAAGCUCUCUUACUCCCUGAAGAAGUGACUGCAAUUCGCAGUGGCUUUCUUCCAGCUAAAUAUGACAAUGGAGAAGACGAUGUCCCAGAGGAACUAUUUCGCCGUUAUACUGACACUGACUCGAGACCCUUAACUCCGGCUCCAACUCUGGAAAGCGUCAUGACAAAAGGAUCGCUUCGGCGCUGCGUCACACCUGAUCCAAUACCAACGCACAUUUUGAAUCCGACUCGGGAGCGAACACUUCUUGUGUUAGAUCUCCGCCGAAGUCACAGUCAGGACACUCUAAGUUGGUGCGGCUUAAGUUUCCCUACUACGACCACAAUGCAACCACUGACUAAAAACACAUCUCUUGUUCAAACUGGUCAGAAUUUUCAUCUUCCCAUAAAGAAGAAAAACAAUGUUAAAAAGAAAGGAGCUUUAAGUGCUAAGACUGCGGAGAAUGACAGAUGUACAAACAACAAGUUGCAGCAGCAGAUAAAUACACUGUCAGUCUCCACUGACACUUUAGAUGUACUGGCAGACAUGACAGGGGGCAGUGGUGAGGAGGAACCGCCUAAACGUCGGGGUAAGCACCGCCAUCAUCGAAAGAAAUCUGGGAAAGAUGGAUUCAGAGGGCCUGAAAAGGAAUUUCAGGGGCUUCCUGAACCUGGAGAGACACAAGUAUCCGCACUGUGCAGUGACUCCCAAAACACCAGUGUCCAACCUUCCCUGACUUCAGGAGAAAUGGAUGUUGACCUUGAAGUUCCUAUCGCUGAAUUAUGCAGGUCUAGCCAAGGCGGCAGUUCUUUCAUUGAUGCAGCUACUCUUAAGCAGUUACAAAGGGAACUAGACCAGGAAGUUAUAGACAGUGAGUUCAAUCCAAAGAGACACAGAGCACUUAAAGAAGCUCUGAAAUCUCGCCCUGAAAAGAAACCAACAAGUGAGGAGAUGAAGCAACUAAAAUGUGAGACAAGGCUUCCACCAAGUUCUAUCGAACACUUCCUUACUGUGCCUAGGAACUUCUCACGCCAGAGUUCCCGUUUUGAAUUGCCUCUGGAUAGCCGACUGCUUAACACGAUGACUCCUACGCAGUACAUACAGAGCUACAUUUCCAUCUCAAGUGGUCGUCGGCAGCUUUACAAUAGAAUAUUUAACAGGCAUAAAGAAAAUAUGGAAGACAGUAAGACAGAUCGUCAAAUGCUGGGCCAGAAUGUGGUGGCAGCUCUUGGAGAGGUAAUGGGCCGUCCACUAAGCAAUGAACAAUGUAAGUACAUGCAAGACCUGAUUGGCUGGGAAGACUCGGAUCUGCUAGGUUUCCGGACAUGGGGCGGUAUAUGUGCACUAUGUGAACGCCUUCUUGCAUGCCAAUUCAUUACUUCACUCCCAUCAAGAUUAACAGACCCGUGUCAUGAGGUGGAAGAAGCCGAUUUUGAAACGCUGCCACGAAGACUGCAGGGACUUCAUCCAGACCCUCGACUAGUCACUAUUCUUCACAGUAUAUGGAAACUGUAAACAACUGACAAAGUACCCAGUGUAUUACAAUUUUAUAUGUAUAUUCAUGCAAACCUGUUGAGUAUCUGGUAGUCUAGUCUGUAUUUUUAUAUGUGGGACAACAUAGCUGAAUGGGAACUUAAUAAAAUCAUCAACCCAUAGAAUGUGGGUAUGAAUUAGUAAAGAUGAAGUAUGUCAAUCACCUGUACUUGAUUACUGUCUGCCACGAACACAUCAAAUAAAGAAAACUGUUUAAGACACGUAAAUAGCUCUCUUAUGGUUUACAUGUAUUAAUUCCUAGUAUUUAUGAACCAGAUGAGAAACCAAUUCUACUGUUACAUAAACAACUAUGCUUUUUGUGAGGACAUGACUGGAAAGGGAAAUUCAAAAUAAUUAAAUAAGCAAUGAACAAAGAUAAAUCUAAAAAACCUCACAUGUGCAUUUCAUUCAUACUUUUCUUAUGUACAUCUACAAACAGGAAAUACAGUGUCAAACAUA